CGAACCCUGGUACCAGCGUCACUUCCUAGCCUGCGAAAAAAAGGUCAACAGUUGCUUUUCAAAAGCAAAACAACAGGAAAAGUGGGCAAGCCAAGAUGGACGCUUUAUCCAUGGUUUUAGAUAUGAAGCAUGAAGAGGACGACGAAGUUUUUGAUGUGCCACUGACAGCAAGCGAGUUUGAAGCGAAAAAACAAGAGCUACAAGCCGAGUUGGGGGCUAUACGAGAUGGAACCUGUAAAACGCUGUUGGAUUUGUUUCAAGAAUUACAAGAAAAAAAAGAAGAAGAAUUGGAUAUUGAAGAACAAUGGAGACGGCAUUUGAUGGAACGCGCUAAAGAAGAAUAUGAAGCAGAACUAAAGGAUGCCAAAGAAGAAUAUGACCAACGCUGCAACUCCCUUCAAACCAUGGUUUUAUCACACUUGGCCGAAAAAAAACGACACAUAUUGGAAGCCAAGGAUAUGUUUGAUAUUGCCAAUGAGUCUUCUUCCCUUCUUUUCCACGAUGCAUCUUCCCAAUUUAUCGACCGUCGAAAGUUAAGGCAUCGUCGAAACGCUUCUUCUAAUAAUUCUACAUCUAAUCAAUUGCCUACUCUCAAUUUCUUUGAUGAUUAUUUACUUUUCCCCACUGAAGAGACCUCCGCUAUACCAGAGUCCAUAAAAAAAACUGUUCGAAAUUCUGUCAACUCUGCAAAACCGUCCAACGUGGAGUUAUCACUUUUUUCUCCUCUUUUAACAAUGGCAAACGUGAACCUCUCUUCCAACCGUGACCGAGACUUUCGAGCCAUGGAGCGAGCCGAACGUGAUCGUGAGAAAGCCAUUGACAAGAGCUUAGUCGGUGCUACUGAAGAAGACAUCAAAUCCGAUAUGCAGCUUCUUAAAAAAGAGAUUUUAAAAAAAAGGUGAUUGCUUCCUCUUUUGUUUCCCCCUUUUUUAGUUUAUUUUACAGUCCAGCUGUAUGUCGAAUAAGUUUUCGAUGGAUCGUACCCUCCCUCUUAAAACGAAUCCCGUCAAGCUACUCAUUUGUUUGUUUCUUUAAAAGUGUGAAUCUUAUUUAUUCCUUUUUCAUACGAUACUCAAUUCCCUUCCUACUAUUUGUGAAAUUUUCUUCCUGUUUUUUCUUUCUAUUAUUGCCAAUUUCAAGCAUUUACCGUUUUGCGUUCUGUCGCGUUAUUCUUUCUUGUUUUUGGCUUAGAUCCCCCCACAGAGCUCUUUAUCAUGUUCCACCACUUUUCCUACUAUCGUGCUUUGUUGAUGCCAGAGCCUAACAGUGAACAAGAAGAAUUCCCUUGGAA